AUGGCGAUGAGCCGGGGAAAUUCAAAGGUUGCGUUCGCAAACUGGAAGUACCGGCAUUACUUCUCAUUAAUUGAAAUUAAAGGCAAGAAUGUUUACGUUACAUGCACGCUAUGCCCAGGAAAAAAGACUUUAUCGACGUCUGCCUCAAGCAACUCAAAUCUUAUGAAGCACCUCACAUCAACACACGCUAACACGACACUUGUUGCUGCUGCUAACCCAACCCCAGAUGCAGCUAGCCUGAGCUCCAGCCAAGGAGACGGAGCCACUCUGUUAAAACAAGCAACGCUCGAUUUUUCGGGUCAGCAACAGGUGACCAAGCCCGAGCUGAACACGUUGAUUGCAAGGUAUGUUGUUGAAAACAUGCUCCCCCUGUCAACUGUGGUGUCUGAGUCAUUCAGAGCGAUCCUUGCUAAAAUACCAAUACGAGGAGGAGGAAGGGGGGUUGCCCCAUGCCGAAACACUUUUGCUAAAUUCAUAGACAGUGAAUAUGAAAAAAUGAAUAUUAAGCUCAAAACGUCAUUUGAGGAACUUGAGUACAUUUCAACUACAGCAGACAUCUGGACUGCCCACAAUAAAAGUUACCUGGGUGUGACAGCACAUUGGAUCAAUCCAAAUAACAUGGAAAGAAAGAAAGCAGCUCUUGCCUGCAGACGGUUUAAGGGGCAUCAUACUCAUGAUGCCAUUGCAGUUGAGCUUGACAAUAUACACUCAACAUAUGGGAUAACACACAAAAUCACAGCAACAGUGACUGAUAACGGCUCUAAUUUUGUUAAAGCAUUUAAGAGGUACCAGCCACUUGAGGAAAGUGAUUCUGAAGAAGACAAUGAAGAUGAGGUGACGUUUACAGACAUUAAUGCUGCUCUACAUGCAACUGAUGAUAAUGAUGGUGAUGUUGUGAUCACUUUGCCCCCCCACAAGAGAUGUGCAUCACACACACUAAACCUGAUUUCAUGCACUGAUGUUGAAAAGUGGCUGCUGUCAAAAUCUGGAACAAAGGCUGUUUAUAGAAGUGCUACUGCCAAAUGUACUUCCCUAUGGAACAAGACUAGUCGAUCUGCUUUGGCUACUGAAACAGUUGAUGAGUUGGUGUCAAAAAAGCUGCUUGUACCUUGUACAACACGAUGGAAUUCCUUCUAUGAUGCCCUGGCUAGAAUCUGUGAAAUAUCCAUGGUAGACCUUAACACCAUUUCAUCCAAAUUAGGACUGGCAGCGAUAACAGAAAGGGAACACCAGUUUUUAAAGGAGUACUGUACUGCGAUGAAGCCCCUUACAGUUGCCUUGGAUAUACUUCAGGGAGAAGACAACUGUUUUUAUGGUACACUCUUACCAACGAUCGAGACAUUAAUGUUGAAGACAGAAGCCCUUAAAAGUGACCUGCAAAUACUGAGAGACCUUCCUGAUGCCAUAGUCACAUCUAUCAAAACCAGAUUUGCUGAUGUCCUGGGAAAUGAGGAGGCUAUACUUGCUGCUGUAACUCUUCCAAAAUUCAAACUUCGCUGGCUGCGUUCACAGGAGUUAAAGGAUAAGGCUAAGGCAAGUUUGCUGGCAGAGUGCAGAAGAAUUGUCCUCGACGAACCACAGCCAGGUCCCAGCACAUCUUCACAUCACACAGAUUCAGCCAAAGAGAACGAUUUCUUUUCCUUUGAGGAGGAUGAGGAGGAAACUUCAUCUUCAGCAGAAAACCAAGUGGCAGACUAUAUUAGAUCUUCAGCACAAAACUUAAACUCUCUGUGUGAAUUUUCUCUCAUCAAGAAAAUUUCACUACGUUACAAUGCUGCUACACCAUCUAGUGCACCUGUUGAGAGACUGUUCAGCCUGGGCAAGCUUGUCUUCUCUCCGAAGAGGAACAGACUGUCAGACAAAAGAUUCGAAAAGCUUCUCCUCCUACGUUACAACCACUGGUUUAGUUGUUAGAUGAGAGGAGUAUUUUAGUAUAGAUUAAUGUAUUGUUCAUUCUAACUGAGAACAAACAACAUGUUAAUCUACAUACAUAGAGAGUUGGAUAGUGUUCUGUUUAUUGUGCAAUAAUAUAUAGGUACAGAGAUUUAUACUACUUAAUGGCCAGAUCUUCCUUUGUUUGUUUACACAAGUUUACAUUUGUUUGUCUUAGUUUGCACUUGAUUGCAAAGUGUGUGAAUAACUGAAUAUUAUUUAUUUUCAAUAUUUAAUUUGUAUUACUUUACUGAAUAUUUAAGAGUUGGAUAGUGCUCUGUUAAUUGUGCAGCAUUAUAGAGAAACAGAUAAUUGCACUAAUUAAAGGCCAAAUUUUCAUUUUUUUCUUAUUACACAAGCUUACAGUUGUGUGUCUUAGUUCUGCACUUGAAUGCAAAGUAUGUGAACAUUAUUUAUUUUCAAUAUUCAAUUUUGUUACUGUACUGAAUAUUUAAGAGUUGGAUAGUGUUCUGUUUAUUGUGCAGUAGGCCUAAUAUACAGUUACAGAGAUUUGCACUAAUGGCCAGGUUUUCCUUUGUUUCUUUUUACCCAAGUUUACAUUUGUGUGUCUUAAUUUUGCACAAUAUUUAUUUUUUACAUGUUUUUAUUUCUAUGCAUAUA